AUGUUGUCGCUACGCACCAUCGCCCGCUCCGUGCCUCGCACUAUCUCCCGCUCCAUUGCCACCUCUUCUCGCUCUGCUCUCUUCCGACCUGUCCCGGUUGUUCCUAAAAAUGUCAUUCUGCAAUCUGCCCUGAAGCCCUCCUACGCUGCUUUCUCCACUUCCAGCGUAUUCAAGCAGUCCCAAGCUGAAGGUGAUUUUGAACUUGUUGCCAAGCUUGAGGAUGAAUUGAAGCAUGAGAAGGCUUCCGGUCUUGAGGAUCUGGAUUCUUCCGUCCAGAAUAUCCAGUACGUUCUUCAGAACAACUCCUGGGAGGUCAAGGAUGUCCCCGGUGACCAGGAAGUUGUGUUGACGAAGAAGUUCGGCAAUGAGGAGAUUCGUCUCACCUUCACCGUUGCGGAUCUUCAGAACUUGAGCGAGCAAGAGGAAUUCGACGACCAGGCCUUGAGCGACGAGCUGGACUUUGAGGCCGGCCACCAGCCUGCUAACAAGGGUGCCGCUGGCAACUCUGAGGCUGCCCCGGCUGAUCGCGAACUGGAUGAGUUGGACCGUGACUUGGAGCCCAGCUUCCCUGCCCGCGUCAACAUCACCGUUGAGAAGCCUAGCAACGGCGCUAUGCUGAUCCAAACUGUUGCCCAGGAUGGUCUCUUCCAGAUUGAGGAGGUCUCCUACUUCUCUAAGCCUGACUUGGCACAUGCCCAGACCGCUGAGAAGGACUGGGCUAGACAGAGCCUCUACGCCGGACCUCCCUUCGAGAACCUCGAUGAGGAUCUGCAGACCUUCUUGGAACGUUUCCUCGAGGAGAGAGGCAUCAACGCAGAGCUGGCCAACAUGAUUCCUGACUACAUCCAGGUGAAGGAGCAGAAGGAAUACGUUCGUUGGCUUGAGAACGUCAAGAACUUCAUCUCCGCUUAA